AUGAACACUUUACAGCCAAGCCAUAUGAAUGCCCAUUGGAGAAGUACUAGAAGAAACAUGUUCAAGGUUUUAGCUUCUUUGCUGCUGUUUCUGGUACUCUACUGCAGAACAACCGUGGAAGAAUUGGACAGUAAUUGUCCUCAGAGAUCGUGUAAUGGGACAACCGCAGCUGGCCCUCCUCCAACUCCUCCAUCCGGGUUGCCGCGACUCCCCCAACAAGAGGUGGAUGCUGUAAACACUCUGCUUCAUCUUGCGACUACAAGUCUGAGCGAACAAAUUGGGCAAAACACUUACCCGCCAAACAUGACCAAAAUUUCGGCUUCUCAAUGCCAUUCAAGAAAGUUUAUGGAAUGCAGAUGCAACACCAGUACGAAUACGUGCUGGGUGACUAAAAUUGAUCUCCAUGAAUCCCAGUUAAGCGGUCCAAUACCUAAGGAAAUUGGAGAUCUUGCUUAUUUGAAAUCACUGUAA